AUGCCUGCGCCUACCGUUUCAUUCCUUGGAGCAUGGUGGUUUAGCCUGUACUUCACCUUCAAUGCCUCUUUGACUAUUGUUGCGACAAAGCUGGUCGAAGAUAGCUAUGGGUCUAUGCCUUUUGAUCAAGGAUAUACAAAUACCGCUAUACGGCUUGACGAUAUUCUAAAGAGUGCAGUCAGUUGCAUUGCGCGAUUGGAUAUCCAGAACCCCAUGGUAGAGAAUUGCGCAAAGUUCACCGCGACCUUGAUCUUCAUGAUUCAAAGUUUGCAAAUGACUCCGGGUGGGGACGAUAUCGCUCGUGAAAUGGGAGGGAUGAGGCCAAGCCACGCAAUUCCCUCGAAUGGAGGUGAGAACGCGCAAAGCACGCAUAUAUCGGCGAAUAGCGGAAUGGAUGACGCCUUUUCUAACCUGAUGAACUAUCUCCCACCCAACUUCAACGAUUUCCCCAACACUGGUGCAAACUUCUCCAUGUCUGAGUUGAUGGAUGAUUUUGCUACAGGGGACUUAUUUUGGUAG